AUGUUCGCUGCAAUUGCUUCAGGAAAUCCAUUACAACUGUCAGUAGAAGUUCCCAAUUCGAAUGGCUUACAGCAUACAAUUGUCCUUUCUCGAACAAAACCUAAGUUAUAUUCCCAUAUAACGCUGUUUAUAUUGCCCAAUGUCACCUUCCCUCAGGAUUACAUAGCUACGGUUUAUUUCAAACUAAGUCCUCAAGAAGAGUUUAAAUUGUUUGGUUACUUGAGUGGUGAGAAGCCUAGUGCGAUAUUUAAGGUACAGAUACCCAGUUCCAGAAAAGAUACCGGAGACGCGAGGGAUGGAUUGGGUGAGAUAGACAUGGAUGUAGAUGACGGUUCCGGUGCCACUGAUCCGUUUACUGAUGGAAAUGGUAGUAAUAAUAAUAAUAAUAAUAAUAAUAAUAAUAAUAAUAUAUCGGAACUGAUUAUUGGUAUCUCCAUUGAGCCUAGAGAGCAAGGAAUGAUGAAACUUGAAGAAUGGAAAGCCAGUAUGAAUGCGGAAGCACAAAAGAAUAACUCAUUGGUGUUAUCAAGACCUAAUUUAGGGAUAGUUAGAAAUAUUACCACCGCGGGGCAGUUAGCACAAGUAUACCCGUCCUUGACACAAGAGUUGGCCGCAAAAAUCGUUCAACAUGCAUAUAAUUAUUUAUCUGGGUUCUUAGAUGCUCAGGGAAAUGUGCCCAUUAAAAGGUUUGAUACAUGGUGGGACAAAUUUAGGAAUAGACUGGCUAAUGACGGGACGUUUUUGGAUGAAGUAACUAAAAAUUAG